AUGGAAAUAGAUUCAGGUGCAGCUGCUUCAGUAAUUACUGAACAGUUUUUCAAUGGCAAAUUAUCAAAUUGUGCAUUAAAGAGUUCAUACAAAAAAUUUAAUUUCUUUGAUGGUACAUCUAUACAACCUGUAGGUCAGUUCACAGCUAAAGUUGAAUUCAAUAACAAAAUUGUUGACUGUGAGUUCAUAGUUGUCAAAAGUACAGGAAAUCCUUACCCUCUGUGUGGUAGGAAUUUGCUUAGUAAAUUAGGCAUAUCAUGGGUUCAACUUAACAACAUUCAAGAUAGUAAAAAAUCGAGAAGUUUAAAUGAAUUGUUAGUAGAGUACAAGGACCUUUUUAGUGGUAAAUUGGGUGAAUAUGCACACAUGGAGGUACACUUGGAAUUAAAUUCAGAUAUACAACCUAUUUUACACAAACAUCGAUGCAUUCCCUUUGCACACAAACUUGCUGUUGAAAAAGAACUUCAGAGGUUGGAGGAAAGUGGAGUAAUAAAAAAAAGAGAAUUGUGUCAAUGGGGCACACCACUAGUACCUGUAUUAAAACCUGACUGUAGUAUAAGAUUAUGCUCAGAUUACAAAGCAACAAUAAACCGUUAUAUAAAAGAUAUCCACUGGUCUAAAAUCUGUGAUAAAGCAUUUAAUAAAAUAAAAACCAUUUUGAUGUCAGAACAAGUAUUGACUCAUUAUAAUCCAGACCUACCAAUAGUGUUAACACGUGAUGCUUCAAAUAAUGGGUUAGGUGCAGUUCUAUCUCAUGUGUUAAGUGAUAAUUCAGAAAAACCAAUACAUUUUGCAUCCAGGGCACUGUCAUCAGCAGAAAAAAAAUAUUCAACAACUCAUAAAGAUGCAUUGGCAGUAGUGUGGGGUGUAACGAAGAAUUAUCAAUAUUUAAAGGGAAGAGAGUUCACAAUCAAGUCGGAUCACAAACCUUUAAUGACUUUAUUAGAUGAAGACAAAGUAAUACCCAAAAUGGCUUCAGGCCGUGUCCAACGAUGGGAAUUUUUUCUGUCUGGGUUUAAAUAUAAAAUUGAAUUUAUUAAAGGAACCAAUAAUAAAGCCACUGAAAAUCUAUCGCGCAUUUCCAUCUCAAAUAAUGAUUUCAUUACAAAAGAUGAUUUAGUAGAUCAAGCAUUAGAUGUUAUAAGCUUUGUAGAUCAUUUUGUGCCAGUAGACUAUUUGCAGAUCAGUUCAGAAACUAGCAAAGAUCCUACAGUAAAAAAGUCAUAA